AUGGAUCCUCACGACAUGCUGGACGCGUCCCUACAGGACUUCGAUCUCCCACCAAGUCCAUCGCUGCCCCACCACUCAGCCCACCGCAGCGAAGCAGCAAUGACAGAAGGGGAUCUCGAGGACUCGGAGACCGUGUCCGUGGGUGGGUACUCCCCUCCAGCUUGGAGAAGACUCGGAAACGGAAACCGGAGUAGUGGCUUCUGGAGAGGUCCUGAAGAUUUUCCAUCCCGAGGCAUGAGCACGUUGAUGGAAAGCACACCCGAGUUGGAUGACAGUGAGGACGAAGGAGUUUUAGAGAGGGCAAUUCGCACAAGGUUGCCCAAGGGAAGUCAGAGUCCGGAAAAGAGGAGGAGUGCCAGUCCUGGUUUCUUUGACGACACCACAAUACAGUUUCAACUUCAAGAAAGGGCAACUCCCAUAAAAGAUUUGAGCUUACACGAACCACCACCGCCCGACAAUUUUCGUGCGGAAGUCCAGCAGCGCACUGAGCCUAUCGAGACGGCUAUCAAUUUUAUCCGUGACCAUUACAAAGCCCUGACUCGGACAUGGUCAACAACACUAAGCACCAUCGUUGUUGGCUUCUUCGCUGUCUCCCUCUUCAAGUCACUUCUACAGCCUGCUGCACCACGUCCUGUGGGUGACCUUGUAAAGGUCGCGGGGCUCGCUCGCUCAUUUGAGCCUCUCAUUUACUACUCCGAGCAUGCUGUCUCUCAAGUACAUGAUCUUCAGGCGACGAGUGUAGCUGUCUGGGAUCUUGGUGAAAGCGUGCGUAGUAGCGACAUGCGAGAUGCAACUAGCAUUGUGUCAAAUCUAGACGCCCUUAGUGAAACCAUGAAAACACUGGCUUUGGAGAUGACCAAGUUUUUUGCCAGAGUAGACGGUGAUAUUGAUGGUAUUCUCAACGUAAUGGACUGGGCAAAGAUGCAUCUAAAUCGACUCAACGCAUCUCCCUCGCCAUCUACCAUAUCGUCAGCAUAUGACAAUAUCCACAACAUCCUUUCUCAAGCACACAUCCUCGAAGAUGCUACGGGCUCUCCUACAACUCUCGGUCGCUUGACCAGCCAUGUCUUCGGUCUGUCGAACCCACAAAGGGAGCAGCGCAUGGUGCAGCUCCUAUUUACUGAAUUCCUCACUGUUCUUGAAGAUUCAAUUCAAGCUGAGCUGCAACAUAGCGUCACUUUGUUUGCCCUCUUCGAAGCCGUCGACCAUCACUUCCUCAACCUCGCCCGUACGGUUGUCCGCGAAUCAUCUGCACAGGAAGAACUUCAUGCCGACAUGCUCUCCAGCCUCUGGACACGACUUCUCGGUACGAGAGCUGCCGAACUACGCAAAUUUGAGCAGAACCGUCUGUUGUUACGUGAUGUGCGUGAAAAGACGGUGCGCAACAAGGGCAUUCUCGUUGACCACAACGGCAAGCUUUUGACCCUAAAGGCAUCGCUCGAGACGCUUCGCAGUAAACUUGUCUCGCCUCUCGUCCGUGGCGUCAACUCCACAACACUUACCCUCGAAGACCAGAUCCAGGGUCUGAGCGACGUCAGUGAUUACCUCGGCGAUGUGAGGAAACAACAGAAAGGAAAAGUCAUGGAAACACUAUUCGGCACCGUUCCGAGUAAGAAAUAUACAAUUGCAGAAAGAGCCGAUACUGUUGUCGUGCAUCCCCUUUGA